AUGUCCUCCUGUUUCUUCUGCAGGUUGAUGGAAAACUACACCUUAAACAGCUUUACCCUCCAGAUAGAAGGGUUAGAUGUCUCAGAGAAAUUUUUGUAUCCUGUGUUUUUCUUCUUCCUCCUUUCUUACCUGGGAAUAAUGAUGCUGAAUGUGGGGAUUGUGAUCCUGAUUUGCAUGGACAGAAGCCUCCAUCAGCCCAUGUACCUGCUCUUCUGUAACCUGCCGCUUAACGACAUCCUAGGUGUCUCGUACAUGGUGCCCCGCCUGAUGUCGGACAUCUUGCUGCCUCCGGCUGAGCGCCUCAUUGGUUACUAUGAGUGUGUUGUUCAGGCUUUCUGUUCCCACAUGUUAGGCACCACGUCCCACACGGUGCUGAUGAUCAUGGCCUUCGACAGAUAUGUUGCCAUCUGUAAUCCGCUUCGUUACUCUGUGAUAAUGACCAACAGGAUGGUGAUGAAGCUGACCGCUUCUGCCUGGGGGUCGGCCUUGGUUCUGGUGGGGAUUCUGCUGGGCCUGACGGUCCGGCUGAGCCGCUGCAGGACUCUGAUCACCAACCCAUUUUGUGACAACGUCUCACUGUUCAAGCUGUCCUGCGAAAGCGUGGUGAUCAAUAACAUCUACGGCCUGACCUUCACCGUGGUUCUGUUCACCUCCUCCAUCGGCAGCAUCGUCUUCACCUACACCCGGAUCACCAUGGUCUGUCUGACCAGCAGGAACAAGUCUGUGAACACUAAAGCCCUGAAGACCUGCAGCACACACCUGGUUGUGUAUCUCAUCAUGCUUUUCUGUGGUAUUUUUAUUAUAGCUAUGCAUCGUUUCCCUCAGUACUCGGACCAGAGGAAAUUGUCGGCCAUUUUGAUCCAUAUCAUUCCCAGCAGCCUGAAUCCCAUCAUUUACGGAGUUCAGACCAAAGAAAUUCAGAAAUUCCUGUCCAAGUUUUUUCAGUCUAGAAAGAUUUUUUCUUGGUCUUAA